UCAACCAUGAAGACCAACGUUUGGAUCCUGAUUGCCGUUUUGGCCCUCGCCUGGGCUAACGUGAUAGCAAGCUACUCUUCGGAGUCCGAUGAUGAUGACAACGAACUCACCGAUGAAGACCUGUGCGACGAGGGACCGCCCAUGGACGUCGAAACGCACAAUAGCCUGAAAUGUUCAUGCACAACCAGCUAUAUAGUCACUUCCCCAGACCAGCACAGUUAUAACAGGCUGUUCAAAAAGAUCGACAAAUUGAAAGCAUGCCGAGACUGCUCCACAAUAAAACGAGCAUUCACCGAUGUUCUACUCAUUGUCUCCAUUGAAACCACAGAAAAGUGUGCUAUAAAGCUAAGAAAGGUUACCUCGUGGAAGAGAACUCGGUACAAGAAGUCGGUGCUGCUCUGCCCACCCUGCCCGUCAAGCUACUGGACCGAAUCGAUCAGGUAG